UUGUUCCCGUUGGAUCUGGAAUGGUAGAUUGGGAAGAGAGAAAUUAGAGAGAGAAACUACGCAUGUUAGCCGUCCAUGAAGUAUGUGAAACUUUUUUUCCAUUUAUAUUCUUCUCAAUUUAUGACCAUCCUCGGAAGCGACUGGUAGACCGCUUCAACCGCACCGUUUCCCGGCCACCCCUCCCCGUCUCUCGCCCAAAAAAGGUGCUCUCUGUCUCUCUUUCUCUGUCUAACCGAGAAAAAUUCUCAGCUAAGAGAAGGCGAAAGAAAAGAAAGAGAGAUCUUCCCGCAGAUCUCCGCUCCUAGGGUUAGGGUUACUCCUUUUCUGCCCCACUGAUGCUUAGCUGAGGAGGCGGAGUCGGAGACGGCGGCGGCGGAGGAGAGAUUGGAGGAGGAGGCCGCGGGGGAGAAGGAGAUCUGCGGAGGAGAUGAGCGCGUCGAGGUUCAUAAAGUGCGUCACUGUGGGGGACGGUGCCGUCGGCAAGACCUGCAUGCUUAUAUCCUACACCAGCAACACCUUCCCCACGGAUUAUGUUCCAACAGUUUUCGACAAUUUCAGUGCAAAUGUCGUGGUUGAUGGUAGCACUGUUAACCUAGGUUUGUGGGAUACUGCAGGCCAGGAGGACUAUAAUAGAUUAAGACCUCUGAGCUAUCGUGGGGCUGAUGUUUUUUUGCUUGCGUUCUCUCUCAUCAGUAAGGCCAGCUAUGAAAAUGUUGCCAAGAAGUGGAUUCCUGAAUUGAGGCACUAUGCACCUGGUGUGCCUAUAAUUCUUGUUGGAACGAAGCUUGAUCUUCGGGAUGAUAAACAGUUCUUUAUAGAUCACCCAGGUGCUGUUCCCAUUACUACUGCUCAGGGAGAAGAGCUGAGGAAAGCAAUUGGAGCUCCUGCCUACAUCGAGUGCAGUUCAAAGACCCAACAAAACGUCAAGGCAGUUUUCGAUGCAGCCAUUAAGGUAGUACUCCAGCCUCCCAAGCAAAAGAAGAAGAAGAGGAAGGGACAGAAGGGCUGCUUCAUUUUGUGAUCGUCAAACACAAGAAGAAAGAAUGAUGACACACCAGCCAUCCUUUAUUGUAGCUUCUCGCUCCAUCGGAGGAUCUUGGUCGGUGCAUAAUUAACUGACGGCGGUAGCAAGCAAUGAAAGGCAUCAGGUGAUCUGUUUCAUUUUUCUGUCUUGUGGUGGUCUGUUACACACUUGUCGUAAUGUGCACCUUCAGAUGAUGACUUAUUUACGUUGAUGCGGGGGAAAUCUUGCUUAAAGAUACUUUCCUUGCAAGGACAUGGUAUCUUAGUACUUUGUACCUUAUUCAAUUGCUCAAAAGGCUUGGCUAGAUUUGCAACUGUUACCUGAAUGUAUUAUGUUCCUGAAACUCCGAUCACCUAUUUUCAUGCAAAUCAUUGGAAUGGGAUGGGCAAGCAUAGCAUGCUUCUCUACAA